CAACUUCUUUUGACUCUACAAAAGAAAUUGUAUCUACAGCAGCCCCUAAAGCCAAGGAGUCCAGCAAAUCAUCAGAUAAGACUCAUGACUGAAAAACAGCGGGAAGAAGCAGAAUGGGAAAACAUGAAUGUGCUGCUGAUGAUGCAUGGCUUAAAGCCUUUAUCUCUAGUCAAAAGAACAGAUAUGAAAGAUCUCAUCAUUUUUGACAAACAGUCAUCACAGACGAUGAGGGAGAAUUUAAAAACAAUGAUGGAGGAAACAUCACGUCAACAGAACAUGAUCCAGGAGCUCAUAGAAACUAAUAAACAGCUUAAAAAUGAACUUCAGCAACAGCAAAGUCGAGCAGCAGAUCAGGAACAACGAGCUAAUGACUUGGAACAAAUUAUGGAGAGUGUGAAGUCCAAAAUUGGUGAAAUGGAGAAUGAAUCUGUAAAUAGGGUUUGCCAGCAACAGAAUAAAAUAAAACAACUUCAAAAGGAGCAUAAAGCUUUACAGGCAAAAUGUGAACAUUAUAAGAAAAAACGAACAGAGCAACAAGAGACUAUUGCUGCUUUGCAGAAGGAUAUCUAUAGGUUAACACAGGAAGAAGAAGAACGCAUUAUCACUCAAAAUAGAGUGUUUUCCUAUCUCUGCAAAAGAGUUCCUCAUACCGUCUUGGAUAAACAGUUGCUUUGCCUUAUUGAUUACUAUGAAUCUAAACUUAGAAAAUUUCAUAAACAAAGACUAUAUAAAGAAGAUGAAAGUCAGUCAGAAGAAGAAGAUUAUAGAAGCCUGAGUGCUUUACCCACUUACAACGGCCUUCUAAUGUCAUUACAGAAUCAACUCAAGGAAUCAAAAACUAAGAUAGAUAUACUUUUAAGUGAAAAGCUCAAUCUUCAAAAAGAUUUGGAAACCAGGCCCACACAGCAUGAAUUAAGACUUUAUAAACAACAAGUGAAGAAACUGGAGAAAGCCCUUAAGAAAAACAUCAAAUUACAGAAUAUUAUCAGUCAAAAAAAGGCUGAGUCCAAAGAGGGAAAAGAUGAGCCCAGCAAAGAUAACCAGCAGCAGGCUCUGAUUGACCAGAGAUACUUCCAGGUAUUGAGUAGCAUCAAUUCAAUUAUUCACAAUCCAAGAGCUCCAGUAAUAAUAUAUAAACAGAGCAAAGGAACAGCCCAACAUUUUAAUAGAGAUCUUAUUCAGGAUUGUGGAUUUGAGCAUCUUGUUCCUAUAAUAGAAAUGUGGGCAGAUCAACUGGCUUCCUUAAAGGAUUUAUAUAAGUCCUUGAAAAUACUGUCUACAGAACUGGUGCCUUGGCAUAAUUUAAAGAAGCAGGAUGAAAAUGAAGGUGUCAGAGUUGAAGAUCUGUUGUUUAUAGUAGAUACCAUAUUAGAAGAAGUUGAAAAUAAGGCAAAGGACAGCAAUAUGCCAGACUUCCACAUUUUGCGAGCUGUCGUUUCUCACUUCCAAAAAUUAUUUGAUGUUCCUUCUUUAACUGGCGUCUAUCCUCGAAUGAAUGAAGUUUAUACUAGGCUUGGAGAAUUGAACAAUGCUGUGAGAAACCUCCAAGAACUCUUAGAACUAGAUAGUUCAUCCUCAUUGUGUGUGCUGGUGAGCACAGUUGGAAAAUUGUGUAGGCUGAUUAAUGAAGAUGUGAAUGAAAAGAUUAUGCAGGUAUUAGGACCAGAAGACCUUCAAAGCAUUAUCCACAAAUUGGAAGAACAUGAGGAAUUUUUCCCAGCAUUUCAGGCAUUUACUAAUGAUCUACUCAAAAUCUUAGAAAUUGAUGACUUGGAUGCCAUUGUACCUGCAGUAAGGAAAUUAAAAAUACUUUCAUACUGA